AUGGCAGCCCUCUCUCUCGACGACUUCUUGCGGCCCUUGGCUAUCGACAUCGACACUGUUGUAGAACUCUCGCAUGAGUUGGAAUCGACCUUCCGCCAUUUAUCUGUCGAGUCCUCGGAUCAGUUUUUGCCGACUCCGAUAUCCGAGUCCGUCUUGCGUCCUGCUGCGAGAGACCAUGGCCGAUUCCUCGCCAUAGAUAUUCUGUUCUCCUGGAUAGGUGAGCAGGUCGCUCAGGUGGUGCGCAAGGGCUGUGAAACCUUGGCUGUCUCCCGUGCUGCUGAACUUCCCAUGGGGGUGACCUUCAGCUUUCCCAUGCAGCAGAAGUCGCUUUCCAAGGCAAUUCUCAUGCCCAUGGGCAAGGGCUUUGCAGUCACGUCCAACCUGGAUCUGGGCGAGCACCUCACAGUGGGCUACGAGAAGCACCGGACCGCCGACAUGCCGCCCAUCCGGAUUGCAGCUAUUGCGAAUGACUCUGUGGCAACUCUCGUGUCCUUCAUCUACCAGUUUCCAGUUCGAGCGCACCAGAAGGCUGCCAUGGGAUUGAUCGUUGGCACUGGUUGCAACGCCACGCUUCCUCUAAAGUUGAGCACCUUGCACGAAAGCAAACGGCCGGCCUCCAUCAGUAUUUUGCCCGGCCAGGAGGUCGCAGAUGUGAAGAUUGCCGUCAAUACCGAAUGGAGCAUCAGGGGAACAACACCUCCCCUCCAGAAACUCGGCCUCAUUAGCCGGUGGGACACGGAACUGGACCAGGCUGGCGAAACCCCCGGGUUCCAGCCACUCGAGUACAUGACUGCCGGGAGAUACCUGGGCGAAUUGGCGCGCCUCAUAUUUCUUGAUUACUAUGGGACUGUUUUGGGUUUUCCGGUCGACCUUUUGCCAAACAAGCUACAGGAAAGAUUUGGCCUCCCAACCACCUUCAUUAGCCACCUUCACCCCAAGAGCACAAGGGGACCAAUGCUCCAGCAACUCGAGCGAGAGUUUACGCCAGGAGACUCGUCGUUUCGGUGGACGGCCGAGCUGGCCAACGCUCUUUACCGCAUCGCGAAGGCCAUCCAGGUCCGGGCCGCCGGUAUCAUCGCCGCCUCGACUGUGGGGCUCUUGCGGUGUGCCGAAGAAAUACCCGAGCCAGGCGCCGAGAAAACAGACGCCGAGCAGACGGUGCUCUCCGUUGGCUACACGGGUGGUUGCAUACAACAUUUCCAGAAUUACCUGGGUGACACACAAAGGCUCAUCGACGAAGUUCUAGACCGCCAAUUUGGUGCACAAGCGCCGGUCAAGGUCGUCCUGACUCCCUGCCACGAUGGCGGCAUCACCGGAGCCGGCAUACUAGUUCCUGCCGCGCUGGCGAGAAGGCGAGAAUUGUCAAUGACGACGGAGAGAACAGAUAUCACGCAUCCGGAAUCCAUGUCGGGUGCCGAGCCGAUCCCCACGUCCAGCACCCGACCGUCCCGUGGCCGGGCCCGGGACGACGAUGGCCCCGGCAGUGAAGACAUGGACCCCAACCAGUUUGACGUGCUGCUCUCGCGAUCCGUUCAGUCUGCCGCGCCGUUUCUGGAGCCCGAGUCCUUCCAGCACAGCAUGCUACGGAACACCCGGGUCCAGAGUCGUAGUCGAAGCCGUCACCGAAGUACAUCUCGUGCGGUUGCUAAACCCUUAGAGGGCGAAGCCAUCCUCGACGAGGAAACUCCCCUUUUGAGCCCCGCUGAAGAUCUCGAUGAUAUCUCCAAGAGCAAAAACCCUUACCUCGGCGGCAUCUCGGUUGCCCGCUUCUGGCUGCUCUUUCUCCAAAUCAACGCCAGCUAUUUCAUCGCCUGCUUCGACGGUACCAUCAUGGCGUCGAGCCACCCCGUGAUCACAUCGUACUUCGGGAGCAGUAACUCGGCCUCGUGGCUCUCGACAGCGUUUUUGUUAACGUCAACCAGUUUCCAGCCCGUCCUCGGUGGUUUAUCAGAUGCGGUUGGGCGGAAGGCCCCGUACGUAAUCACGACUGCCGUGUUCCUCUUUGCGACGGUGUGGUGUGCGCUGGCGCAGAGCAUGACGAGUUUUAUUAUUGCCCGGGCCGUGUGUGGGUUCGGAGCUGGCGGGAUGAUGACGCUUGGAAGCAUCAUUGUACCGAUUAUCGUGAUCUAUCUCGCCGUCGCUAUCGCCGUCGUUCCCAGCGAUCUGGGCUUAAACGGAAAGAAGAAGCAGACGUUGCGCGAGGCCAUGCGCACGUUUGACUUCAAGGGCUCUAUCCUGCUCUCUAGCUCCGUGACGUCCCUCAUCUUGGGCUUGUCGCCGCACAUGAACCUGAUCUUCUCUAACCACAUCACUGCUCUCACCUCCAACGCCAUCCUUUUCAAUGUACCCCUCUUCUUCCAAGGAGUCCUCCUCACAAGCGCCACAACAUCGGGCUUCCGCCUCGUCGUUUCCUCCGGCAUGGCGUCCGCCGCGGGCACGGCAACGGGAUUCCUCAUCAGCUACACCCGCCGCCUGAAAUGGCCCCUCGUCCUGGGCACCUCCCUCGGUGUCGUCGGCGCCCUGUGCCUGACCUCAAUGCAGCGCGGCUGGCCCGCCAUCUUCUACAUCCUCUGUCUCUUGCCGGGCGCGGCGGGCUCGGGGUUCCAGUUCCCCGGCACGUUCAUGGCCCUGUUGACGGUCAGCGAGCAGCGGGAGCAGGCCGUGGCGACGAGCACGCUGAUGCUGUGGCGGAGCCUGGGGCAGGUGCUUGGCGUGGCGUGCAGCUCGCUGGUGGUGCAGAACGCCCUGUGGUACUACCUGGACGAGCUGGUCAAGGGGCCGGAGAAGGGGGCCGUCGUGGCGCUGGUGCGGAAGUCGGUCGAGGCGAUCCGGGACUUGCCGCUUGAGUAUCGGGAGCCUGUGGUGCAGAGCUAUGAGGCGUCGUUGCGGAUUACGUUUAUGCUCUCCACAGUGUUGACCGUGGUGGCGUUUUUGUUGGUCGUGCCGCUGAGGUUGCCGAGACUGGGGAGGAAAUAG